GGCCGCGGGGUGUGCUGGGAGGGCGAGGGGGCGCUUCCGGUGCGGAGCUGCUGCGCGGAGCAGGCCGAGAUGCCGGAGCGGGACAGCGAGCCGUUCUCCAACCCGCUGGCCCCCGAUGGCCACGACGUGGACGACGCGCACUCCUUCCACCAAUCCAAGCUGACCAAUGAAGACUUCCGAAAGCUUCUCAUGACCCCGCGGGCAGCGCCAACAUCUGCGCCGCCGUCCAAAUCUCGCCACCAUGAGAUGCCCCGGGAGUACAAUGAAGAUGAAGAUCCGGCUGCUCGCAGAAGGAAGAAGAAAAGCUACUAUGCAAAGCUGCGCCAGCAGGAGAUAGAGCGGGAGCGGGAGCUGGCUGAGAAGUACAGGGAUCGAGCCAAGGAAAGGAGAGAUGGUGUCAACAAGGACUACGAGGAAACAGAGCUGAUCAGCACAACUGCAAACUACAGAGCUGUGGGGCCCACUGCAGAGGCGGAUAAGUCAGCUGCAGAGAAGAGGAGGCAGUUGAUUCAGGAGUCCAAGUUCUUGGGUGGUGACAUGGAGCACACUCACUUGGUGAAGGGUCUGGAUUUUGCGCUGCUGCAGAAGGUACGAGCUGAGAUUGCCAGCAAAGAGAAGGAAGAGGAGGAGAUGAUGGAGAAGCCCCAAAAGGAAACCAAGAAAGAUGAAGAUCCUGAAAACAAAAUUGAAUUCAAGACUCGGUUGGGGCGGAACGUCUACCGCAUUCUGUUCAAGAGCAAAGCCUAUGAACGGAACGAGCUGUUCCUGCCGGGGAGGAUGGCCUACGUGGUGGAUCUGGAUGACGAGUAUGCCGACACUGAUAUCCCAACCACGCUGAUCCGGAGCAAGGCUGACUGCCCCACUAUGGAGGCGCAAACUACGCUGACCACAAAUGAUAUUGUCAUCAGCAAAUUGACACAGAUCCUCUCCUAUCUCAGGCAAGGGACCCGCAACAAGAAGCUCAAGAAGAAAGACAAAGGGAAGCUGGAUGAGAAGAAACCCCCUGAAGCUGAUAUGAAUAUUUUUGAAGACAUUGGGGAUUACGUACCCUCCACCGCAAAGAUUCCGCGAGAGAAGGAGCGGGAAAGGUACCGUGAGAGAGAGCGCGACAGAGACCGGGAACGGGACAGGGAGCGCGAGAGGGACCGGGAGCGUGACCGUGAGAGGGAGCGGGAGGAGGAGAAGAAAAGACACAGCUACUUUGAGAAGCCUAAAGCUGAUGAUGAGCCCGCAGACAUGGACAAAGGACCUGGCUCAGCCAAGGAGCUCAUCAAAUCUAUCAAUGAGAAGUUUGCUGGAGCUGCUGGUUGGGAGGGAACAGAGACAUUGAAGAAGCCAGAAGACAAGAAGCAGCUGGGCGACUUCUUUGGCAUGUCGAACAGCUACGCUGAGUGCUACCCUGCCACAAUGGAUGAUAUGGCUGUGGAUAGCGAUGAAGAGGUGGACUACAGCAAAAUGGAUCAGGGUAACAAGAAGGGGCCCCUAGGCCGCUGGGACUUCGACACGCAGGAGGAGUACAGUGAAUACAUGAACAACAAAGAGGCUCUGCCCAAAGCGGCAUUCCAGUAUGGAAUCAAGAUGUCCGAGGGACGCAAAACCCGUCGCUUCAAGGAGACAAAUGACAAGGCAGAGCUGGACCGACAGUGGAAGAAGAUCAGUGCGAUCAUCGAGAAGAGAAAGAAACUGGAGGCUGAUGGGGUUGAGGUGAAAAGGCCUAAGUACUGAUGCCCUGGCUGCAUUCCCAUGUCUCAUCCUCCAGCUCCUGGAGCCCCUGCCCACUGGAUGCUGUGUUCCUAGAGCUCAUUGACAUGCUCCCUUGGCCUCUGAGCAAUCUUCUCUCUGCUCCAGGCUGGGGUGAUGUGUGCUACCUGAUGUUGUGCUGUCUGGCUGUGCUCCAAGGCUCUCCCUACUCUGGAGCCAGCUGUGCAGCCUGUGAUUUGUUGUAACCCUUGUAGCUGCAAUAAAAUUGCACUAACUUUGA